GAGAUCACGGAUCCCAUGGACGGCUUCAAUGCAUUGGACGAUGACGAUGAUGUCUUCAAGGACAUACCGGACCUAGAAGAUAACACGGCCGACACGACUGAGACCGGACGCGUCAGUGAGGUUAAGGAUGACUGGCUCAUAGGCGAAGAGUUCGACGUCGGCCCAGAAUUCGUCAGAAGACAGCGCGAAGAAGAGGAGCGCUGGCGGAAGAAGUGUGAGAGGUGGCUUGGCCUGGGUCCUCGUGAUUGCGAGAACUGGCGAUGGUUAAUUCGCAGUGUUGUCAGCGAAGCUGCAGAACAGUGACUGACCUCUCUCACCGCCAUUUCUCUCAGACCCUUGCACCGCAUAACUCCACCAACCUUUUUUUGUUUUCUGCUUCUCAUUCCCCCUUUUUUAUUUCGUCUAGACGUUUUAUUGCUUUUCAACGGAUCUGUACAACGACGCAAAGACAAAAGUUUACGACACACGAGCCGGAAGGCAUCACCAAAAAAGGCGAAAGAGAGGGUGGGAAAGAAGUGGAGUUGAAUUUUUAUUAUUUUUUUUUUCCUUAUUGAGGAGUACGUGCAACAGAACAGCAUCCGCAGUAUACACACUGCACGAUUGAAUGGAUAGGGGGCCCCACGGGGCCAUUCUGGAUACCACGACAUGGUAAACUAUCUGCUGGAUCCAUGAGUUGUGGGGACGGAGGGAGACGCGAGGCUUCGAGGAAGGGGUGUCUCACGGCGGGGAAUGGAAUACAAGGGAACGAAAUGAAACAGACGGGCAGUCAUUGGCCCAAGUACUAACGACGGAACGACACAAGAUAUCAUUGAUGACAGUUAACGGUGGAUUCUUUUUCAUCUCUAUUUGUUGUGGACCGGUCAUGUCUAUUGGGCAUGAAGAGGGGAGACUGAUUCUAAUGCUGAGGCUGAAGAAUGAAACAGAAUCGAAGCAGUGCGCGAGAGUGUGGCGACCCGGCGAGGUGAUGUGCGAUGAAUUGCUGCGAAGAGGUGCUUUCUGAAACCAAGAAGUGAGAGGGAAAUGCAACGAUGGCACUCGAUGGGCUCUUGUCUGAGACGACGACGAUCGAUGAUGAAGAUGAUUAUCACAGAAAAAAAAACGAUGACAGUGAUGAUGACGGCGGGCAACGAAUUUCCUUUUGGUGGCGCUUCCUUGUUCUCUGUUUCUUUUCCCUCGAAUCAGCAUGGACGUACCGGCCCCGUCCAAACAACCCCGACUCUAGAUUAAUAACAAUGCAACAUGUACAACACG